AUGCCGACUAUCAAUGUUAAGCCAGGUGAAGACCUGCUGAUGCAGGAGGUUGCGGACACAAUGGGAAGAUCAAAGAAGGUUGUGGUUGUGACAGGGGCAGGAAUCAGCACAAACUGUGGCAUACCUGACUUUCGCUCGGAAAAUGGGCUGUACUCAUUAAUCCAAGCUCAAUACGACGCUGCAAUUCGAAAUCCUCCUUGGGAAAAGAAAGACGAGUUUGAUAUUGAUGACAGACCCAAGAAGAAGAGACGUGUUAAUGAGAGGUGGUUUUAUGAAGUGGUUUAUCCUGAAGGAACAGGGCCUGAAGACUUCCAGGAUCUUGAACAAGAAGAGACGCAGACGCCACAGUCUCCAGGAUCACAACAAACCAGCAAGAGAAAUUCUGGCACGCUUCUCGAACAAAAACCUACCGAUGCUCCUUCUCGUCAGUCUUCGGUAACACCUCAGGGGUUGAACGAAGAACCCCCCUGCGUCAAAAGUACCUCCAUGAUAGUGAACGCUAGUUCGUCUCUCGAGACCUCCCUUCGAAGAUCUACACGUCAGUCACGACAUUGUGACAAUAAUCUUCCUACAAGCUCCUCCACGCUAGAAGACAAGAGACAGUCAAUUCCAACAUCCUCUUCUAGGUCGAAACAGGCAGAAAUCUCAUUAAAGACAGAAGCCGUCACGCCACAGAGAUCCCCGCCAACUGAUUCCAAGUCUGAGGUGUUUUCAAAAGGUCAAUCACAACCUGACAGAACAGGAACUCCUUCAAGACCUGUUGCAUUAAGCAGCUCCUCACCACUGAGCACCCCUUCUUCAUCUCCCUUGCUAUCACCAGAGCAUCAGCUGGUGGCACCUCUCACUCAAUCAGAUAGGACUGGCAAAGACCCAGGCUCUCUAUCUACAGAGUCCUGCCCCACGAUAAACCCCGAAACCAAUCCGCCUCUCGCCCAACAAGCUCAGCAAAGAGACGAGACAACUUCAGCAUCCUCCCAGUCAGACAACGAGCCCACCAACCUUGAUUCAUCACAGACUUCAUCACGUCCGCUUCGAAACUUGAAAGGGCGAGAUUUGUUUGAUUCUAUGAUCUGGACCGACGCCUACAGUACCUCGAUAUUUUACAUGUUCAUUUCGAGUUUUCGGAAAAAGGUUCUUCAUGAUGUCAAAUCCACCAGCCCAACCCACAAAUUCCUCCGCACGCUCAGGGAUGGUGGCCGUUUGGUACGCAAUUACACACAAAACAUUGACUGUCUGGAGGAGCGCGAAGGCCUCGCUACUGACCUUACGCUUGGGCCGGGCAGUCGAUCCCGAUUCCACUCGAAGACGCAGCGCGAGCCCAGACCCUCAGACGUUGGAGGACACAGUCCUCACAGCACAGGAGUCGAGUGCGUUCAACUCCACGGCAGUGUGGUGUCUCUACGGUGCGGACUUUGUAGCAAAAUAUCGAGAUGGGACGAAGCGGAACGAGAAUCGACCACCCUAGCGGGGAAGGCUCCAGACUGCCCCUCCUGUACAGAAUACAAUGCCAAACGUACCGGCCGAGGACGAAGAGGUCUCGCUGUUGGGAGACUCAGACCCGAUAUCGUGCUCUACGGGGAAGAGCAUCCAAAUGCCAACCUAGUGGCACCUCUCAUCACGCACGACUUGGGGUUGGGUCCGGAUGUUCUGCUCAUAUUGGGUACGAGCUUGAGGGUUCAUGGUCUGAAGGUUAUGGUCAAAGAAUUUGCGAAAGCUGUACACAUGAAAGGUGGAAAGGUGAUCUUUGUCAACCGGACGAAACCACCGGAGAGUACCUGGGGUGAUAUAAUUGAUUAUUGGGUGGAGUGGGAUUGUGAUGCCUGGGUGUUAGAUUUGAAAGAGCGAAGGGGAGAUAUCUGGCUGCCGCAAGGUAGCCAGAUGGAGAACCGCAGAGAGUCGGCGGGGGAGCCGAAGCCGAAGCCCGGCACCAAGAAGGCCUCGCGGCCUAAAGCAACGAGGGACGACAAGAUGAACGGGGUCUACCAAACGUUUAAGAUCCUCGACUUGCUCGGCAGUAUCACCGCCGAGCAAGGCCAGCAGUCAGGCCGGCCCAUGUACUGGGAGAAGCCGGUAAGGACAUCUACAGCUCCCAUUCCGAAGACCGAACCAGCCAAGAAGGGGUCGAAAGCUCGGCCGGCACAGAGAGGGACGGAUGAUGCGACGAAAACAAACAAGAAGCGCAAACCCAAGGCCGGCAGUGUACGGGACGAAAACUAUAACCCUGAACACAUUGCGAUCAUCUCCAAGAAAUGGGAGGCGCUCCGCGCUACUGCGCCCAGCCUCCCAGCGAAGGUCCCAGAGUCCGUCCUUCGAUCUGGCCGCGUCGUUCUAGAAGAAUUGAAGGCUAAUAUUCCGAACCACCUCAAACACUACAACUUCUCUUUCACCCCAGGCGAAAAUGCCAAGAAUACCUUCAGUUAUCUCCCGAACUUGCCAGGCUUGAGUCUGCCGGUCGAGAUGAACCUCAUUACCCAUCCUCCAUCGGGCAUCUCGCUCCCGCUUCACUCUCCGACCACUUCCCGGGGCCGUACGGCCGAUCAUCCAUCCAAUACACGAUCCGCCCGCCACUUCUCUUCCGAUAGCACGCUCAUAGUGGACAGCGAAUGUUCGGCCGAGGACACAAUCGUCGUUGCGCCUCCUCCGACGCCCAAUACAAAGCGAAUCAAGCGGAUGGGCUCCCUCGGCACUAUUCUGUCUAGCCCCCCAGAGAUAUAUCACGAUGCGGAGGAGGCACUGGACGAGGGAAGCUCACAGGAAUACCAUGAUGCGCUUGAAUGA